AUGUGCGAAUUUGAUCCCAGGUCUCCGCUUCUUCGGUCGGAUACUGCAUUUGAACUGUACCUUACCGCGCUCAUCCGACUUGGCCUCCCUCAAAGCGUCAACCCUGCUGUGCGAAGACGCGAGGCCUUACUUGCUCUCCCGCCGUCUGACCCAGUAGCACCGGAUACUCCUGCGGAACCAUCUGUACCCCCCUCGACUAGUGAGGUAAUUGCUCAGCGUGUUUUGAGUAAUUCCUCGAUCAAACUUGGUGUCGGACGUGCCCUGCUGAACGAUUCACCUGCACCAUCAACUCUCGGAACGGCUGCUGCAACGUCCCGAUCACCUGGCGACAAUACUAGCUCUACCCCGUUUGGAACCCGAGGAUCUUCAGGUGCUGACCCAGUUCAUGUGGUUAUUGAAGAACCCCGUAGUGCGGUAUGGAUGAGACUUUUCCGGUUCAUUUUGAUUGCAGCGGUAUACGGAUUUAUUGCAUUGACGAUUUUGGCCUUUCUAUUGGAGAACUCUGGCUUACUCAAAGCUGGGCGCCAGUCUAUGAAAUAUGAGCCACAGACAGGUAGUGGCGUUAAAUUCAGUGACGUUCACGGCGUAGAUGAAGCCAAAGAGGAACUUUACGAAGUGGUUAAAUUCCUGAAGGAUCCGACCCAGUUUACGACUCUAGGUGGCCGACUCCCGAAAGGAGUUUUGCUCACCGGACCCCCAGGCACUGGUAAGACUCUGCUCGCCAAGGCUGUUGCCGGAGAGGCUGGAGUACCCUUCUUAUAUGCAUCCGGCUCUGAAUUUGACGAAAUGUAUGUUGGCGUGGGCGCCAAGCGAGUCCGCGAACUUUUCGAGACUGCCCGCAAGCAACAGCCUUCUAUAGUUUUCAUCGAUGAACUUGAUGCAGUUGGCGGACGCCGCAACGGUCGGGAGGGCCAGUGGUCCAGACAGACACUCAACCAACUUCUAACGGAAUUAGAUGGCUUUUCAGCAACUGAGGGUGUGAUUGUAAUUGCAGCUACCAAUUAUCCUGAAAGCUUGGAUGGUGCUCUCGUUCGCCCCGGUCGUUUUGACAAGAAAGUCGCAGUCCCGCUGCCUGAUAUUAUUGGCCGAACUCAGAUUCUCGCUCACCAUAUGAAAGGAGUGAAAACCGAUCCAGAAGUUAACCUACAAGUACUUGCUCGUGGAACACCCGGGUUUUCUGGCGCCGAUCUGCACAUCCGUGAAGGGCACAAAGUAGUUGGUUUGAAGGAAUUCGAGUGGGCAAAGGAUAAAAUCUUGAUGGGAGCUGAACGGAAAAGUUCAUAUAUUACUCCCAAGGACAAACUCAUGACUGCUUACCAUGAAGCUGGCCACGCCCUCGCUGCUCUUUACACCCCUGGGGCCAGAUCGUUACAUAAAGUGACAUGCAUGCCGCGCGGACAUUCAUUGGGAUUAACACAAACCUUACCGGAAAAUGACGAGCACUCUGUCUCAUUUAAGCAAUUCUCGGCCAUGCUGGAUGUUUCUAUGGGUGGACGUAUUGCGGAAGAAAUGAUUUACGGCAAGGAAAACGUAACCAGUGGAGCGUCGAGUGACAUUCGUGCCGCGACGAAUCUUUCGAGACGGAUGGUCAAGGCAAGAGAACUCAUACAAACAUAUUGGUGGAUUCUAACGGCCCUUUUUGUUCAGGAGUAUGGAUUUUCUGACAAGGUGGGAACAGUGUAUCAUGGCGAUAGCGAUACAACCCCUCCUAGCCCCGAGACCCUUCGCUUGAUCGACACGGAGAUCCAGGCGUUCAUCCAGCAAAGCACUGAGCGAACCACGAAGCUAUUGGAAUCCAAGGUUGAGGAGUUACAUAAAUUGGCCCAAGCACUUGUGGAACACGAGACAUUGGAUAAGUCUGAGGUCGAAAAGGUCAUUCGUGGAGAAAAGAUCCGCCAAGUUGAGGAGAAAUUGAAAAGUGCGACAUCGGAGCCGGGUCCCAAUAUAGCCGAAUCCAAGCCGACCCGAACGUCCGCUCCACGACCGCAGCCCGUAGCAGCUGCUUGA